AUGUACAUCAGAGGUGUCAAACUCAAGGCCCACAGGCCCGAUCCGGCCUGCGAUGUGAUCGGAAAAUUCUUUGGGGAGAUUGACCCAGGCCUCAUGCGAAAUCUCAUUAAUAUGUCCUUGUAUGCCUUCAACAAGUCUUACGACUAUCAGUCGGUGUGCGAUCCAGAAGAUGAACCGAAACAAGGAGCAGGACUUCGCUCCGUCAAUGUGCCUACCAUAGCAGAUAUUUUACAUCUUGGAUGGUGGGCAUCUGCAGCUGCCUGGUCUAUUUUGCAGCAGCUGGUCUGGGGGCUGACCUUCCCACGUUUCCUUGGGGCAGCGGAAGUGGAAGAAGAUGAUUUCAGCGGCUUCCCAUCCAAGCAGAGUUGUAUCACGGUACAAACGCAAUAUUUCUUUGGGUCUGACGAUAAAUCCUUCAAUGGCAUUCUGGACUGUAUCAACUGUUCUAGGCUUUUUCACGCAGAGAAGAUUUCCAACACCAAUUUGGUUUUCAUCAUGAGUGACAGUAAAGAGUUGUGUCAUCAUUGUGACACGAGGCCCCUGAUGCAAGCAGAGAAACCUGAUGAAGGACCGAACCCUUGUGAAAUGGUUCAGCAUCCCAGAUACAGGAAAGGGCCAGAUGCUUGCUUUGACGACGCUAAAGAUCAGCCUCUAUGCACGAGGAGCUUCGCCACUGCCAUGACGCCCACCUCUGUCUUCAUUUUUCUGCAAGUUUUCAUGUGGUGUGGAUGGUCAGUUCCUUUCUCUAAUUUUGUGUUUUGUUUCAUUUCCCUCGACCCAAAGUUGUUGUUGUUGUUUUUUGCAAGGACACAAAGGGAACUAAGAAUGCAUAUAACCGAUGACAUUAUGAAAGGGAGGGCUGAUGGAUGUUAG